AUGCAUUCAUCGCAAAUUCCGAAACAAGGCUCUGGGUUCCGUGUGAAUGUGUUUCGCGUUUCUCGCCGCGACAGAAUAGUACUAAUCACUGGCCCCCGCUCCUCCCGUCGCUCUUCUAUUAUGCUAAUCAGUCACUGCCAGUUGGCUCGGUACACAAGCAAAACCAUGUAUACGCAAAAUGACCGUGCUCGUUUACCUCAGAGCACGCUGUAUGCCGAAUCGAAAAUGGAAAUACAACAAGGCGCGGUCUUGAGCUUGAAAUGUCGAGUGGAGGGUGAGACAGAUCCUAUCAUUCGAUGGUUCAAAGAUGGUCUGCCAAUUGAUUCUACUCAGAACAAUCGAGUGGAAAUCAUAAAAUCGUUGUGUCCAUCAACGCACACCGGUCCCCAGUGUACAGAACCCAUUCUGCCCAGUCUACAAACCCCUCCGGUACCAUUGCCGCCAGACUCAACUACGAUUGAAGAGGACUUUGUGCUGGAUCAAUCCGGAAUGUCCAGCCACGAUCCGUAUCGCACACUGCUCGAUCCGGAUGUGAACAAAUGCGUUUUACCGGAAUAUCGGUAUACCAGCGAGUGCUCUCAGGUGAACAGUCACUUUUAUGCAUUUGUUGGCACAGCUAUUGCCUGUUCCGUCAUCAUACUACUGCUGGGCUCUUGUCUGGGCUAUAUUCGGCGUCGAAAAAUACUGAAUGUUCAAGCAAGGAAUGGAAAAGCGCAUCGAGGAAAAGGUUCAGAUCUCCAGUCGGACAGUACACCUUUGCAUGAAGGGCCAGAAUCGCAGCAACAGUUACGUGUCUGCUCGCCAACGGCCAGAGAGGAUUCUCCGAUAUUUGUGUCAGCUCAUCAAACUACCCCAGCCACUCCAAGUGUUUCCGUCCGAUCAGCCGUGUCCGGACAGGAUGAUUCGUUUAUGCACUCGACCUUAUCGCGUGCCGUGACCGGAGUCCCCGAAUAUGCGCUUCCACGAUUGGCCACCGGCACUUCCAUAGAUGGAAUACAAAAUCCAUUCGCACAACCAGCCUAUGUCGUGCUUACCACAACUACCCCAGUUGCGCUACAUCCACUGGCUGAAAACACGAAUCGCGUUGCGCCAAAUCGAACCCCGAUUACCUCCACAUUAAAUCCAACACACGUGUCCCAAUGGUUCUCAUCUCCUACGCAAUCUGCCUUGCCAACUUCCACCGUGAACACGCCUUUUCCUAGUGACAUUAUUCCAGUUGGAUUUCUAGGAUCACCCAAGGGAACUCUUCGUUGCGGACAAGGCUUUCCCACUUCCCCUCCGUGCAGUGCACAUACUGAAAAGAUUUACGUUCAAAUUCCUCCAAUUACCGCACCGUUUUAUUUAACCAACGAAUUGCAACCGACAGGACCGGAUACACGUUCUGUGCACAAAGGUCUCAAUUCUGUUGACGCGACUAGAAGUGACAGUGGUGUAACGGAUAUCGGAUCUGAAAUGAUCGCCCCGUUGUCGCCAACUGGAAUGGCAGAGCAACAAUUACUGGCACAUUCUAUAAAAGUAUCACCCACCCUGAAAGGUCUGUUACAAUCAGGUGAUAUUGGCUCAAACCGUACUGACCUAUCCAGCAGUCCCAACGCAAUCCCGUUAAAACAAAUUAAUCCAGAUUGUGUACCUUUGGUGGCUUCGUCUUUUCCAAAGACGAUAAGCCCGGUGAAUACAAGCCUCCCUAACCAAUCCGAUCCGACCAGUUUGGUGACCUUCAAAUGUGCCGGAUCUGGAGCUCACACGUGA